GCUCUGCAUCAACCACAACAACCAAUGCAGCAUCUAUGGCUGUUUACCGUCUCAUUUCUAGGUUUAAUCUCUUUCCUCAACCACUCCUUUUCCCUUCUCAAAUGGGUUUUCACCACAAUUUUCAGAGCCCCCAAGGACCUCUCUAACUACGGUUCGUGGGCUAUAGUCACCGGAGCCACCGACGGCAUCGGCAAAGCCUUCGCCGACCAACUAGCUCGUCGAGGACUCAACCUCAUACUCCUCAGUAGGAACCCAGACAAGCUCAAAACAGUUUCGACCGAAAUCCAAGAAAAAUUCCCGCUGAUAAAGAUCAAGGUGGUGGCCCAUGACUUCUCCCGCGGAGAUGCAUCCGCCGCCGUGGGGUUGAUAGAAGAGGCAGUGAAAGGGGUGGAAGUUGGGGUGUUGAUUAACAACGUUGGGGUGACGUACCCGAAAGCCAUGUAUUUACAUGAGGUGGGCGAGGAAGUGGUGAAGGGAAUUAUUAGGGUUAAUUUGGAAGGGACGACAUGGGUUAGCAGAGCGGUGCUGCUGGGGAUGAUAAGUAGGAAGCGCGGUGCGGUUGUUAACGUCGGCUCCGGUGCUUCCGUUGUUGUGCCUUCGCAUCCUCUUUACACGAUCUAUGCCGCCACAAAAGCGUACGUUGAUCAAUUAUCGAUAUCUCUUUAUGUGGAAUAUAAACCAAAUGGGAUUGACGUGCAAUGCCAGGUGCCGUUAUACGUGGCAACAAAUUUAGCAAGCAAAGUAGCCUUAAUCCAUAAAUCGUCGAUGUUUGUGCCAUCGCCGAAAGAUUAUGCGAAAGCCGCGAUCCGCCAAAUAGGAUACGAAGCACGAUGCACGCCCUACUGGUCUCAUGCCCUUCAAUGGUGUUUCACACGAUUUCUACCCGAUGCCCUCCUUGAUGCUUGGCGUCUCUCCGUUGCCCUCCGAAGGCGGCCGGAGCAGCUUUUUACAUAGUAUUAUUAUUCUUAACAUUUACCAGUAAAAUGAUUUAUACAUCUUUUAAGUCAUUACAAUAUAUCAUUAAUCUAUCAACAACCAGUUGAUCUAGUGGGA